GCAAGUGUCCCUGCUGGCUCUUUCCUGACAGCAUGAAGAUUUGUGCUGUGGAGUCAGGGACAAGGAAAGCUAACACCAUGACCCUGACACUUUAGGAAAAAACAAACAAAUAUGUCAUCCAGAUCAUAAAACAUCAGAAGAAAGGACAAGCUUCCAGCCAUGGCUUGGUUCCAGCUGAUGCUGCUUCUCUUUGCUCUGCUGCUGCAGUCGAUGCCCAUAGAAGGAAAGGAUCCCGAGUUUACGUCUUUGACAACUAACCAUCCAUACAUUCAAAGUGAGAUUGUAAGUAAACACAAUGAACUGAGGAAAGCAGUUAAACCUUCUGCCAAAAACAUGCUAAAAAUGGAAUGGAGUGUAGCAGCAACAACAAAUGCUCAAAAAUGGGCUAAUAAUUGUAUUUUAGAGCACAGUAAACCAGAAGACCGGAAAAUCAAUGUAGGAUGUGGUGAGAAUCUCUUUAUGACAAGUGAUCCUACUUUGUGGUCAGUCGUAAUUCAAAGCUGGUUCGAUGAAAGUAAAUCUUUUAUUUACGGUACAGGAGCUAAAGGUAACGCAGCUGUUGGACAUUACACUCAGCUUGUUUGGUAUUCAUCUUUCAAAGUUGGAUGUGGAGUUGCUUUCUGUCCCAACCAAGAAAUGUUAAAGUACUUCUAUGUUUGCCAUUACUGUCCUGCGGGUAACAACGUGAUGAAAAAGGCCACCCCUUACAUACAAGGGGAACCUUGUGCUAGUUGUCCCAAUAACUGUGAAAAUGGACUAUGCACCAAUAACUGUAAUUUUGAAGAUGUACUUAGUAACUGUGAAUCCUUGAAGGCUUCAGCGGGCUGCGAUCAUCAGCUGCUCAAGGAAAAGUGCCAGGCUACUUGCCUGUGUGAAGACAAAAUUCAUUAACAUGUCCAGUGUGCAGCAUGAAGGACUACAUGAGAAGGGGAUUCAGACUUAGCUAAGACAUGAUGGGGAAACAUAGUAGUGACAAGCCGGAUCCCAAAUGACAAGACUUCUUUUCCUCCUGGAUUUAUACAGAAAUCUUUUCCAUGCAGCCAUUAAAAAAAGUGUUGUUUAGGAUGGCAGCUUUGGAUUUUGACCAACUUUGUUGCUUUAAAUGUAGCGAAUUGAAUCAAGUGGAGAAUUUUGAAAGUUGUACCAAAGCAGGUUGUUCACCCGUAGAACUCACCUAGAAAAAGAGACUGAGGACGGUUUGUGCCCUGAAACAAUUGCAGCAGAAGAGUUACUGGUAGCAACAUCACCAUCAGUCUACUCCAAGUGUC